CGGGCGAGUGGCCGCUUCCGGGCGGCUGGUUCGAGGAUUUGUUUGGUCACAAGCGGCCCUCGGCCGAGCCCCCGCGGCAGGCCGCGCCAUGCCGUCCGAGAGCCGCUGCUGGGAGACGCUGCGGGCGCUGCGCAGCUCCGAGAAGGGCCGCCUGUGCUACCACCGCGACUGGCUGCUGCGGGGCGAGGAUGUUCUGGAAGAAUGCAUGUCCGUUCCCGAGCUCUCUUCUUACUCCGGAUGGGUGGUGGAUCACGUGUUACCUCAUACACAAGAGCGCGUACCUCCUUUGGAGGUGUCAGCAGCCACUAGAUCGUCUUCGGGCCUGGAUGGGUCUUCCUUCGCCCCCACAUCCCCAGGAAGAGACACUGCCUUCUCGCCUGAGCCCCCAGAAACUCCAGAUGGAACCCAGGGCAAGCGUGACUCUCAGCACACGGAACCCAUGGCCCUUCAGUCCUCCCGCGGGAUGAAGGUGGAAGGCUGUAUCCGGAUGUACGAGCUGGUGCACAGACUGAGAGGAACGGAGGGCCUGCGGCAGUGGCGGGAGGAGCAGGAGCGGCGCGUGCGUGCCUUCUCCGAGAUGGCGUCCGAGCAGCUGAAGCGCUUCGACGAGCACAAAGAGCUGAAGCAGCACAGGGAGUUACAGGACUUGCGGGAGGUGAUGGAGAAGAGCUCCCGAGAAGCCCUGGGGCAGCAGGAGAAGCUGAAAGAGGAGCACAGCAGACGCGCCCAGAUUCUCAACGGGAAGCUGCUGAGGCUGCGGGAGGCGGAGCAGCAGCGCCUGAAGCAGGAGGAGCAGGAGCGGGCCCGGCGGGAGGAGGCCGAGGACCGCCGGCGCAGCCUCUACGCCCUGCAGGAGGAGCUGCUGCACCUCCACCAGCAGCUCGAGACCUUGGCCCAGCGCCAGGACCUGCUCAAGGGCGAUCCCGCGGCCUUCCGCACCCGGGGCAACCAGCUGUGCGGUCAGAUCUCCAACAUCAUCCGCGGCUCCAGCUCUGCCGAGAACCGCUCUCCCACAGCAGAGGACCAGGCCGCGGCCGAGAAGAUGCUGCAGGAAAUGCGGCACCUCCUCUCCAGCUUGCAGCACGAGGUGGCCGUGGCCUGCGAGGACAAGCGGCGGCAGGAAGAAGAGGCGGCGCGGGCGAAGCUCCAGGAGUCGCAGAUGCAGAAGGCGCCCGAGGUCCGCAAGGACUUCCCAGCUCCCAGCCCGGGCUCGGGAGGGAGACAGGGUGAAGAGCUGCAGGUAAAGGUGCAGGACAGCACCAUGCAAUGGUACCAGCAGCUGCAGGACAUUUCUAGCCAGUGCGUGUUGGCCUUCGAUGGCCUGGCCAACGGCAAAGACAGUCAGACCAAGAAGAUCAAGAUGGACCUCCAGAAGGCAGCCACCAUCCCCGUGAGCCAGAUCUCCACCAUUGCAGGCUCGAAGCUGAAGGAGAUCUUCGACAGGAUCCACAACCUGCUCUCCGGGAAACCGGUGCAUUCCGGGGGACGCUCUGUGUCUGUCACUCUCACCCCACAGGGCCUGGACUUUGUCCAGUACAAGCUGGCGGAGAAGUUUGUGAAACAAGGAGAAGAGGAGGUGGCGUCCCACCACGAAGCCGCCUUCCCCAUCGCUGUGGUGGCUUCCGGGAUCUGGGAGCUGCACCCCCGGGUGGGGGACCUCAUUCUUGCUCAUCUCCACAAGAAGUGUCCUUAUUCGGUCCCCUUCUACCCGACCUUCAAGGAGGGAAUGGCUCUGGAGGACUAUCAGAGGAGUCUUGGUUACCAGGUAAAGGAUUCCAAAGUGGAACAGCAGGACAACUUCCUGAAACGCAUGUCCGGGAUGAUCCGUCUCUAUGCGGCUAUCAUCCAGCUGCGGUGGCCAUAUGGGAACCGACAGGAGGCUCACCCCCACGGCUUAAAUCACGGCUGGCGCUGGUUGGCACAAGUCCUGAACAUGGAGCCCCUGUCCGAUGUGACCGCCACCCUUCUCUUUGACUUCUUGGAGGUGUGUGGGAAUGCCCUGAUGAGGCAGUACCAGCUCCAGUUCUGGAAGAUGAUUCUUCUCAUCAAAGAAGAUUACUUCCCCAGGAUUGAAGCCAUCACCAGCUCCGGGCAGAUGGGCUCCGUCAUCCGCCUCAAGCAGUUCUUGGAGAAAUGUCUGCAGCGCAAGGAGAUCCCCGUGCCCAAAGGCUUUCUGACGUCCUCCUUCUGGCGCUCCUGAUGCCUCCGUCGCCCGCCGCCCGCCGCCACCAAUGCCACCCAUGGUGCAGAGGCAAUAAAAAAGCCCCCGGCCAGCUGCCUGGCAGAAGUCUUGUCCCACGUAGAAGCACCAGUGUGUAUUUUCAUAUGGUUGUACCUUGUGACAUGGGUCACAGAAUCAAGGUGGUCCCUUAAUACAUUCGAUGGCCCCCUCCGGGGUCCGUGUGACAGAGUCGGCCUUCUCAUUUCCCCGGAGUCAGGAGAAAUGUUCCUGGUCCUGCCCUCCCUCUUGGUGUCGUUCUCCCAUCUCAGCCUCGCCCCUGCAGAAAGCAGGUAAUUAUGCGCCAGUUUGCCGAGAUACUGCGCCCGCCUCCUCCCUCUUGGCGCCCCGUGGGUCCAGGUGGGUUGAGGAAGGAGACGGCUCCCGAGGCCCCUGCGGCGUCUCCCCAGUCUCCCAGGUCAGUCCUGGUGCUGGUGCCCCAGCCCCCCCCACCCCACACCCAAGAGAGCUUGUUGUGGGUCAGGGCUCGGGCGCGGCCACAAGAGCCGCUCCGUCCCCCUCCUCGUGGGUAGUCUGCUCCCCAGACAGUGCCCACGAGGGAGGCCGGGCACCCCAGGUGCCUGUCUGGCUCUCCGCUCUGAAGAUGGGCUUGAAGCAGCAGCCCCACGCGGAGCCCGAGAUGUCAGGCGGAGCCCGUGCUGUGAGCACUGGCGGUGAGAGCUCCGGGGAGCAAGGGGCAAGCGCUUGGGGCCUGCCCCCCGCCCCAGUGCUCUGGGUGGGAGUGACCCACUUUAAGACUUAAUGAGUGCUGUGCCAAAAAAGUAAUAAAGCUUGAUUUUAGUAACGCUGGUA